AAAAUAUUAAGUAAAACAAAUGGAUCGCAACAAAGUAAAUGUCUCAAAUAGGGGACAGAAGAAAGCUCUACUUGGUGGAGAACUGUUUGCGCUUGGUACAAAAGGAGUCCGAGAUGAUCCCAAGACCAAAAUAAUCCCUAUAAAAGGAAUGCCGAACGCCGUUGCCGUCGAUAGAAAGAGAGAAGCUUCAUCAGGCAUUGGAAAUCAUCCUAGCAAACGAUUUCGUGGGAGCGCAAAGGAUGAGAACACUGAUAUAGCCUCCUCUACCUCGAGCUCGGCCCUUUCGCAAUACGAUUUAUGGGAACAACUGGCUGUGGACGUUGAUUUGUCAACUAUUAUAGAAGACAUAUACGCAGCUAUAGAACAAAAUGAAAACGAUACGGGUGUGCGCCUAAUAUGUGGCGUACUAAAGUAUGUAACAUCGCAGGCAUCCAGGACAAAAGGCGACAAUAUAGGGUACAUAACAUUGCUGUAUUUGUCUAAAGUGCAGCCACAAUUAUUUAACAAUGAUGUUAUUGUCUACGCCCUUUUAUCAUUUCUGCGGCGAGAGGUUAACGUUAAAAUGCGCUACAAUGUAAACUUGCACAUACUUCUUACGAAUCUAUUAGCUAGAGCGCUUGCCGAUGUUUCACAGUGGCCGGAAAUAAUAUUACGCACUUAUAUAGAGGAUGCAGUCAAUGAGAGAUACUGGGCGGACAAUGAUCACUGCGCGCCGUUUGUGAAAAAUAUAUGUGCCGCCUUCAGAACGCGCACGCCACACUUAAGUCUGUUGCGUUGGGAUGCCAGUACAGCGACUGUAGUCUCGAGCGGACAAACACAUCGAGACAGCGUGACAGUUGAUGAUGACUCUGGUGAUAACUCCACACAAAGCUUGGACGUCAGUCCAUAUUUGCAUGGUGAGGCAGAUCAGGGCACUGAAACUAUUUGCUCGGUAAAGCGCAGAUUCUCUGAUAGCAUAGUUCAAAAAUUGGUCAGCGAAGCAAUACGAGAUCAGCUGAAUAAGCGGCAACAGCAGGACAAUUAUACCCGCAACUUUGUAAAGUUUCUUUGUACCUGUUCGGGGAUUGCAGAGGUGCGCUGCCUAAGCAUCUCUCGGCUAGAGCUAUGGAUACACAAUGGCAAGCUUGUUAAGUUUGCGCAGCAAUUAUUGUCCUACAUAUGUUUCAAUAUCAAAGGCAAAAACGCGCAGGAUAAUGAAGUACUUUUGGUGUUGGUUAAAAUGCGCUUGAAGACCAAACCGCUUAUCAAUCAUUAUAUGUCUUGCUUAAAGGAAAUGAUACACUUGCAACCAGAUAUACUUAGUACCAUAAUGAAGCUGGUAGUGCAAAACGAACUUUCAAAUACAAGGAAUCCCAAUAAUAUGGGAAUGUUAGCUACCAUGUUCCAGACGUCACCUGAUCAGUCCGCUGUUAAUCUGGCUGAAAUCUAUCAAGAGUUCUUGCUACAAAGAGACGACUGUUUGAGAACCUUGCGGGUUUUUUUAAGAGAACUUGUGCGCAUGCUGCGCUUUGAUGUGAAUCUUGUUAAAUUCUGCAAACAGUUUGUGAGUGUCCGCGAAGAUCUCACACCACAAAUUGAACAGUUUGAGUUUAGGGAGCGCGUAUUUCAUUCCAUGGUAGAUAUUGUGUGCCUUUGCAUGUUUCUCUCAGCCACCCCACAGGCACGCGAGGGUAGUGUCUCCUUAAAAACAAAUCGUGAUGUUAGAAAUAAUCAAGCAUUGAUUAAACUCUACACACAAAUGUCACAAAUCCAAUUGGAUUCCAUGUUCUGGAUGUACGAGAUUGUGCCCAAAAUGUUUAAGGUGCAGGCAAGUGAGUAUCAUCAGGCUUUGCAUAAGCUGCUUUUGCUGGACAAUCCCGAGCAAUAUUCACGCUGUGAUCAGUGGCCCUCCGAGCCGGAACGUGGCGCUAUAUUGCGCAUCAUCUCUGAGACCCCCAUACAUGAGGAGACUUUGCUGCGCAUUAUCCUAAUUGGCAUUACCAAGGAUAUACCUUUCUCUAUAGCCAACACCUUUGAUAUAUUGCUCCUUGUCAUCAAAAGAGUAUCAGGCAUGAAGGCUACAGAUUAUCCGGCAGUGCAGGCAAAUAAAUUUGAUAUUAUAGACUUUCUGUUCAGCAUGUCCGAGUAUCAUCAUCCAGAAAAUAUACACCUGCCACCAGAUUACGAUCCACCCAAGCUGGCCAUUAUAGCUUUCUAUUGGAAAGCCUGGCUAAUAUUAUUGAUGAUAUCUGCGCAUAAUCCUUCAACUUUUGGUGCCUUUUGCUGGGAUCACUAUCCCACAAUGAAAAUGCUAAUGGAAACUUGCAUAACCAACCAAUUUAACAACACUUUAUCCAGCAAAGAUGAAUUACAGAUAGUAACAAUGGAACGGGAUCACAUCUUACAAUUCGAGACAUAUUUAGCUGCACAAACUUCGCCGCAUGCGGUAAUUACCGAAGAAAAUGCCAUAUUAAUUACACAACUUAUGCUAAUGGAUCCCAUGGGAACGCCCAGAAAAGUACCAAGCUUAGUCUUAGAGCAGCUCAAGUUUCUCAAUCAAACUUACAAGUUAGGGCAUAUGUUUUGUCGUUGUCGCAAGCCAGAUUUGCUAUUAGACAUUAUACAACGACAGGGAACGACACAAUCGAUGCCUUGGCUCUCAGACUUGGUGCAGAAUAGCGAAGGGGACUUUAGCCAUUUGCCAGUGCAAUGUUUAUGUGAGUUUCUCUUAUUCAAUGCCAAUAUCAUUAACGAGGAAAACAGUCGGGACGCCGAGUUGGUUAACUUCAUAAGAAAUUUGAUAAUGGAUUCUAGUUAUAAUCAUCAUGUAGUCUGCGAAGUGUUGGACUAUAUAUUUCGACGUUUAUCAUCAACCGUCAAACAGUCUAGAGUUGCAGCCUUGGCAGGCUUAAAAAUUAUUUUUAAAAAUUCAGGCGAAUAUGAACAUGAAUGGCUUUUGAAAUCCAUACAGCAAAUACCACAUUUUGGAGAGGUAAAAACAUUUAUAAUACCACAGCUGCGGUCUGCUUGCCAAGUGGAAAAUUGCCCAGAGCUUAUAAUGGCCUAUAUACAGUUCAUAACGGCACAUACACUCAACGAUCCAGUUAAUGAAAUGUUAGAUCAUGUUAUAGACAUGGCACAAUUAAUUGUAGAACGUAGCACAAUGUUUCAGCACAUAAUUAUCUCCCAAGAAGAGAACGAGUUGCAGCCAGAUGAAAAUAGAGUUCAGACCUUAAAAUGUUUGUUUGUCAUGUUCAAUAACUAUAUAAUCAAGCUGAGGGAAUUUCAUGAGCCUUAUGAAUGGACUGAAUAUCCAGAUUUGCUAAUGGUACAGUUUGAUGAUGGGGUACAGUUGCCGCUACAUAUAAACAUAAUACAUGCGUUUAUAAUACUUUUAACAUACUCAAAUACCAAUAUGUCCGAAUCAGUGCCAAUACUUGAUUAUUGGUUCCCCCCAGGGAGACCAGCACCUGUUGCGUUCUUACCCACCAUGCCGCAAGAGCAAAUUCAAUUGUUGCCCGAUUGGCUAAAGCUCAAAAUGAUACGCUCUUCUGUUGAUCGGUUAAUAGAGGCGGCACUCAAUGAUCUUACACCGGAUCAAAUAGUGUUAUUUGUGCAAAACUUUGGCACGCCUGUUAACUCCAUGUCCAAGCUUUUGGCCAUGCUGGACACUGCCGUAUUGGAUCAAUUCGAUCUGGUGAAGAAUGCUAUACUAAACAAGGCUUACUUGGCGCAGUUAAUUGAAAUACAACAAGCACGUGGUGCCAAGAAUGGUCAUUACACAGUGCAAGCCUUAGAUUUGCAUUCGCAUUCUCAAACGGUUCCCGAUUUUCCGAAAAUUAUGGCUCAUGCUCAGGAGCAUAUACUGAUAUGUCCCUAUGGGACAGAGGGUGUGAAAGAUAACAAAUGUGCCAACAAAGAGGUGAUUACACUUCUACUCAAAUCUCCCAAUCAGCAUAUAAUAUCUAGCUUCAAAUAUAGAACUUUAAUACAUAAUCUUUUGGACUUUGUCGUUAGUCCAGCAACAACUAAUGAUGAUGUGCUUAGUAGCAUAACCGAGAUUUUGGAUUCCUCCCAUAAGAACUCUAUACAAAUCAGUAUCAAUGCCUGCACGUUGCUAAGAAGUUACUUUAGUUGUAAAAUUCCUAACGAAUCCUAUCAUCUUAUAGAAAGUAAUUUGGGUAAGAAUGUUAAAAUAGCACAAGAUAGCCGGUUGAAUUUAAAAUUAUUUAAUAAUAGUUUACUAUUUAUGCUACAAAAUUCAAAGCAGCUGCAUUUUAAUAAUCGAAAGGCAUGCAAUCCCACAAAAACUAGAAGCAUUGUUAGAGAAAUGAUUCAUAGCUUCGAAAGUGAGAUCAAAGUUAAGAAAAUCGCUAAAACAGGCAAAUAUGAUCAGAUAUUUCACAAUGGUCUUUUCAUAGACUGGUUAGCUGAGGCAGAUCCCGAAAUUGUCGCCACAAAACUAUUGAAAGAGAAGUUUCUGUUUUCCAAAUCUUGCAGCGAAUUUCGUUUCUAUUUACUCUCCUUAAUAAAUCAUCAAACCAAUUGGGAUACCAUAGAGGGCAUUUCUAAAUACUUAUUUAAAGAAUAUCAACUUGAUUAUGAUUUUACCACAGUGCUAAACUAUUUUGAGGCACUUACCACAAAUCCUAAACUAUGGAAAGGGCGGGACAAGUAUAUGUCCAAGAAUGUGCAGCCAAAUGCUUUUUUCAAUCUGGAACUGUCAGAAUUGGAAGCAUUUGCACAUUUUAUAAUAUAUGAGGGCAUAGCUGAGCUCAAGACCGACACAGCUGAUAAUUAUGAUUUCAAAUUAUGUUCGCGAAUGAAUCUUCUGUUUAAGCUUACCGAAAAGCGAAAAGACCUAAUGGUAAAGGUAGUCAAGUAUGUAGAAAAGUGUGAGGUCAGCGAAAAUCUGAAACUGCAAAUCUUGCAACAGCUUUAUAUUAUGUAUCCGCGGAUAAAAUUUUUGAAAUUCUGUAAUUUAAGUAGCAAAACACAUAAGCUACAAAGUCUAAAAGGUUGUCAGGCGGAUAAGGUCUCGAAUAAUUUAAUAACCUGUCUGGGCAGUUUAGUAGCUAAAAAGGACUUUGAAACAUUGUCUGCCGAUACAGAGCUGCUUUUACGCAAGCUUGCCGCCUCGCAUCCUUCACUCUUUUUGCGCCAUUUGGGCGUAUUAUCCUCUAUUAUGCAGGGUAGAGCGCAGAAUAGCAUGAAAGCCUUGCGUGAAGAACAUCACUUUCAUCGAUUCGUACAAAUCUUGCGAAUACUCGAACUGUUGCAACCGACUGUAUUUGAGGAUGAACACAAAGAUGAAAUUCAGUCUACACUCACCUGUUACUUUAUAUUUUUCAAACACCAUAGCAGCGUUAAGGAGGCUUGUCAAAUGUUAAUUAAGUUCGUACAGGUACUGCAGUCAUACAUCAACUUUAAUCCCUCAAGUGCUUUAUUGUUUAUAGAGCAAUACGUUGGCAUAUUAACGGAACUAGCAGCCAAAUAUUCAUCAAUAUCUAAACUACAAUCUUUAGUACAAUCCGUUGCUUUGCUACAACAUAAAUCCAAUAGUUUAUCAGAGCUAGAUGAAGAGGAGGUCAAAAUGGAAUACGAGCUAGAUGGUCAUGCUGAGGCCAAGAUGCCCAGCAAACCGAUUAUAACCGACAUUGAAUCGGUAGACAGUAAUUUGGUGCAGGAGCUAGGGUCUCGCGGAUCUCUGCCUUCCAUGACUAUAGGCUUUUAUGGGAAAACCAACUUAAACGAUAUUUCGCCGCAUUUUCUCGAUUUAAUUAAAAUUAUCAAACAGUCCAAUAUUGAGGAUGUCAUACUAGGACCCUUGCAAGAGAUUGAAUGCCUAACCUCAAAACGCUUUGUAUUUAUAAAUGAGCUAUUUGAGCGUUUAUUAGACUUGAUAUUCUCUCCAAGCGCACAAAUACGUUCGAUAGCGUUUAUUGUAUUAAUACGUCACCUUAAGCACAAUCCAGGAAAUUCCGAUAUAAAUCAAUGCACACUAAAUGCGUACAUACAAUGCCUGAGAGAUGAGAACUCUUCUGUUGCAGCAACUGCCAUCGAUAACUUGCUAGAAAUUUGUGUUCUCCUACAGGAGCAUGCGAUUGAGAUUCUCUCUGUAUCCUUUUCACUUGGCAUCAAGUCUUGUUUAAAUACCAGCAAUCAAAUUCGUAAGGUAAUGCAAGCCUUAAUAGUACAGCAUGGCUACUGACUUACAUUAAGUGUUGUUAAAAAUAAUGUAUUUUAGUUUAGUUACGCUUUUACUUUUACAAUUUGCUAAAUAAAAGAAUGCACUACACACUUAUUAAUCUAAGUUUAA